CCAAGAAAGGUGGGCUGAAUGCAUGCCUCACGUCUUGUGUCUUCCUGUGUGAUUUCGUGCUGCCUCCGGCGAGAGGAGCGGCGCGGCUUGCUGCCUAGCAUCAUCCACGGCAGCGACCUCAGGCACACUGUUUGCACACUGUCGAAAAGACCACUUGCAGAAGCGAGUAAGCACGAAGGCCUGCAGGAACGUCCCCAUGUGUGUUUCACACGCGUGUCGUGUCGUGUGUGUGGUGUCUGCAGGCAACCACAUCGCUCGGAACGGCAGCCGCGACAAGUCCGUUAUCGACACCAACGCCAACCAUCGCUCAGCAGUUCUCGUCAACCAAGAGUGCGACACCACCAUGCAAUCGAUACCCACCCAUCCAUCCACGUCUGCACCAUGUUUGUGUGUGUCAGGUUCAACCGUGAGGCGUCCAUCGCCCAUCAUGGGGACGGCCGACAGUCAGCAGGUGCAACAAUCCAACAAUGGGACGGACGAGGGCGGCCGGCGGAGGGCUGAUGGGGCUGCUGCUGGGCUGGUGGUGGGACAGGACAGCUGGGGAGAGAGAGAUAGAUGGAAUGGAUGGACAGGCGGAUAUGUCUGAGUGAGGGACGUGACGCGUGUGUACACACAGAUAUGAGGCAAAGUCGAUUCAUUUGUCAGUUUGAUCGAUUCAACCCAUCCCUCACUCACGAAGACACGGACAGAUGUACAUCGACAUGGCCAGUCAGGCCGUAUCCAUCCUUCAUGUCGUGGGUCAAGUCACGGACACUGCUUGCAUGUUGGCACCACAAAAACG